AUGGCCGGAGCGGCUAGUUACAUCACUGGCCAACGCGCGGGGCAGCCACCUGCUCUUCCAUUCGCGUCGCGCGUCGACGGCGUCACCACACCGCCACCCCUCAACACCAUGGUCAUUCGCACCAUUCACGAUCUGAACGCCCGACAACAGAUCGUGCGGCCGACUCUGCCUAAACCCUCUACUGACACGGAGCGCUUUUCUCUCGCAGAUGCUGGCCAUCUGAAGCUAAAGCUACAAGCUCUCGAUCGCGCCAUAUCGAGCAUACGGCCAGAUAGUCCUAGCGAAGAUGAUAUUACCAAUAUUGACGAUGCCUGUCAAACAAACCCAUCUGGAGGAUCUGUCUACGUCGCUGGCUCGGAGAGGUUCUACCUCGUAGUAAAAGGCCUCACGGGGCCGCGCGCCACUGCCGAUGCUUAUGCUGAAGCAUACAAGAACGUCCUGCAAGGCAGGCCCUAUGCUAACAAGUACAAGCUAUCCGGAUGGGCGGGGCCACCACCCAUAUUCUCAGAGAUACGUCCCCUACUGCGAGAUAUUGACAUUGCCUGCGAAACCAACCUCGAAAGCGCCUUUGCCAUACUUGAGGAAAGAGCCAAACCCUUUCCCUUCCUCCGACUUCCCGCUGAGCUCCGCCUCCACACGUACUCGUUCCUUCUUCCCCCGGGGCCUCGCAUCGUCCUUGACCCUUCACGUCAACACGUCACGCGUCCACGCCUCAACAUCAUGCGAACCAACAGGCAGAUACACAAUGAAGUGAGGAAGCUCUUCUACGGGAGCCGAAGAAUGUUCAUUCAAGUGGAACCCGGCCUUAUGGACAAAGAAAGCGCAAUAAAAUAUGGCCACGGCCUCAAGUGUUUACACAUGUCAACUACAAUAAACCCGACUAUCCUGCAGCUUCUGAAAGAGCUGGAAUUUCAGUUCCGUAAAGAUCCAUUCGGCGGGUGCUACCCCUCAGAAUCAUGGAUGAACCCCAUGGGCCGCAUAUACUACAUGCUCAAGCUUGAGCAUAUCAGUAUCACCUUCACGGAGAGUGAAUUCUACCGCUCAACUGCAGCGGGGUCUACGAAUCCUAAAGCUUUGGAAGCACAGCGGAUUCAAUACGAGAGGUUGGAGCGCUUUGCCAGAUGGUUUAUUAACCAGAUUCCGGCGUCUGUGAACGUAUCGUGGUCACGCGAAGACGCGGCAAUUUUCUUUAACAGCACUGCUGUGGAGCAGCGUUUAUAUCAAGCCAUACAAGAAAGGGCAUUGCCUGAUCUCCCCAGCAUCGCAUGUAUAAGCCCCAAGCUGCGCGCGCUUGUCGAACGAAAGCUAUAUCGCGACGUGAUCCUAGGCUGGCACAUUGAGGACGACGACAUUCAGUCACAAGAUCUAUGGCCAUUCUACCGGACGAUCCAGUCGCGGCCUGAUCUAUCCAGAAAGACCGAAAGUCUCAACAUCAAAGUCAUUGAUCGGCCAAUAAGUAUCGAGACCUCAGCGUAUGGUGUUGUACCACAAUGUGCGAUGUUUCCUUCUAUCAUCCAUGCAAGAUGGCCAGAAGUCUUCAUCGCAUGUGCCCUUCUUUUCUGGCAAAUGACCGAGCUCAAACACCUUAGCUUGUCGAUUGCAAAGUACGACGAAGACGACAGUGGGAGGCCCAUGCUCGUUCCUGAUUGCUUGAGCAGGCUACUCCUCAAUUUUGAUAGUCGCAUAGCACAUCUCCAAUCAUUCCCUGGACUACAGAAGCUACAAAGCCUCAAAUUUCAAGGCACUGAGUUCCAUUGGAUACUCGCCAAGUUUCCAUAUCUGGAGGAGAUUGUUCUCACUCGUGCCAGCCAAAUUUUGGCCGAUGAGGCCUCUUCUGAAGUUAAUUCUGCUGUCAAAUUCCUCAAAGUCCCAGUACAAUCCGACGUUCUCAACUCAGCUUGUACCUACUACGACGCCUUGUCUCCCUUUCUCGCACACUUUCCUUGUUUGGAAACUUUGCGCAUGCCCUUCAACGAUGUCGACGACGGAAUAGCCGAACACCGCAAGGAUUUCCCUCUCGACAACAGUACGCCGGGUAGCUACAAUGUCUUGCUGCGGAAGCUCCAGCCAGUGGAAGCUGUUUUGACCAGACUAGAACUAGACGUAUCUGCUCACUGCGGUGAGGUCGACACCUACUUUCUAGACGACGUACUACCUGGAGAUGGCUUCCUCAAGUUCAAGGCGCUCAAGCAUCUUUUGGUACCUUAUCAAUGCCUGUUCGGACGAGCUGAUCCGGAAUGGUCGCAUAUUCUGCAGCCGGCGGAUGAGAUUCUGCCAUCAACCCUCGAGACUCUGAAGGUGCAUUUUCCGGAGCUUACAUUCCUUGAGUGGCUUACGACCUUGCCUUGUUAUCGGAAUAAGCUUCCUCUGUUACAACGCAUUGGUGUUGCAUGCUCGAGUUGGGUUGGAGCCGGAUACGAGGACCUUGCAUUCAUCUCUUAUCCGCACCCCGCGCUGGAUAUCCUUCCCUCGAUGGGUAUCGAGUGGAGUAUUGAUGUUCCAGAGUGCUGCUGGGAUCAGGCAUGGGAUGACUAUGAUCUUCGGACUUGGGAUGCAGUUGCGUGGAUGGACAGGACUUUUGGUCUUUCUUAUCGCGGCACGGUGUUCAAUCUCACUCCUGGUGACAACUCGGAGCUAUAUCCUUCCCGCGUCAUCCUCGAGGAAGAACCGAAAAGCGCAGAUGUAGUCGAAGUCACUCCUAAUGCUGUGGUGGCGGAUGUUGAUGCUGGAGACUCCCCUAUCUUGCCAUUCACUGCCUCCGAGCUAGACAUCUUGUUGGAAGCAACCACUGCUCUGCUCCAAGCAUGGUAG